GGAUAUGUUCUUGCUUGUUCUUUCUCUUUUUAUUUUACCUCGUCUUUGCCUUGUUUUUCCUUAUAUUAUUCCUGAUAAUCAGUACUGCUAUGAUCCUUAUUCUAUUGCUCCUUGCUGUAGCACUUUCGACUCUCUAUAUGUUUAUAGUCUGUAUAGUUUUAUUUGUCUUGCCAAUUAUAAUGCUCCUUUAUCAUCCAUUUUUGGGUCUUAUUGUUCAACGUCUUUGCCUUUGUCACCGGCCGGCACAAAGAAGAAGGAAGAGCAAGAUGAUUGCGUCAUUGUGGACUGAUUUUGGCUGCCGCAGUGGGCCAGCUCGCCACCCUGUCAUCGAAGAGUGCACGUGACUAGUCACGUGGAUGUCUCCUCGACGAAGACCUCCUCGAUGUAAGUAGAGGAUACUUGCUGAACUUGUCUGCUCCGCAUCUCUCAAUUCUCUCUAUUCAGCAAUGGCACCUGCAACACCGCCUUCAAACACAGCCGCGCCGGCGUUCUCUCUUUUUGAUGCAGACAUCACGUCCGCGCCCAAGCCGUUCCGGAAACCAGGCCACAAGACGCCCUCGCGGCGGAUCAAGAACGCGAAGCAAAUCGCCGCGGACGAGAUGAAGCGGAUUCAGUCGCUGCCGGAUGAGUCGCGGUCAGCCGCGUUGAUGGAUACGCCGACGUAUUUGAACGUCGAAGCGCCGCCGUCGGUGAUGCCGCGGAAAUGGUGGUGCGAUAUCACGGGGCUCAAGGCGAGUUAUCGGAUGCCGAAUAACGGGAUGCGGUAUCAUAAUAAGGAGAUUUAUGAGGUUAUUAAGCACCUGCCGCCCGGUGUUGAUCAGCAGUAUCUGCAGCUGAGAAGUGCGAACGUUGUUUUGCGUUGAGCUGUUUGCAUAGUUUGUAGUUGGAGAGCCUGCUUUGAUUUAGUGCCGGCUUAUGACAACUUCUGGGCUUUUUACAUGGAGUUUUGAGUGCAUAUUUGGGUUUUUUGUUCAAUAUAUCUAC